UCUUUAUAACCAAAAGGCCCAGAGACGCAAUAUUAGGUCUUUAGCAUGCUGGGAUGAAGGGCUACCAAAUUUGAUCAAACAGAUGACCUUGACCUUCAUUAAAGGUAACAGGGGUCAAAUAUGCUAAAACCUUUAAACUUCAUUUUGAUAACCAUGAGGCUCAGAGACCUGAUAUUGGGUUUGUAGCAUUCACGGGUAAAGGGCUAAAACGAUUGUUCAAAUGAAAGACCUUCACCUUCAUUCAAGGUCCCAAUACAUAUUGUUGUCUACAUCAUACAGAUUGCUGUAUUUACAAUUUGUACAUAGCACUGUAUCUACAAUUUGUACAGAUCGGUGUAUCUACAAUUUGUACAGAUUGGUGUAUCCACAAUUUGUACAGAUUGAUGUAUCUACAAUUUGUACAGAUUGGUGUAUCCACAAUUUGUACAGAUUGGUGUAUCUACAAUUUGUACAGAUUGGUGGAUCUACAAUUUGUACAGAUCGGUGUAUCUACAAUUUGUACAGAUCGGUGUAUCUACAAUUUGUACAGAUUGGUGUAUCUACAAUUUGUACAGAUUGGUGUAUCCACAAUUUGUACAGAUCUGUGUAUCUACAAUUUGUACAGAUUGGUGUAUCCACAAUUUGUACAGAUUGGUGUAUCUACAAUUUGUACAGAUUGGUGUAUCUACAAUUUGUACAGAUUGGUGUAUCUACAAUUUGUACAGAUUGGUGUAUCUACAAUUUGUACAGAUUGGUGUAUCUACAAUUUGUACAGAUUGGUGUAUCCACAAUUUGUACAGAUUGGUGUAUCUACAAUUUGUACAGAUCGGUGUAUCUACAAUUUGUACAGAUCGGUGUAUCUACAAUUUGUACAGAUCGGUGUAUCUACAAUUUGUACAGAUCGGUGUAUCUACAAUUUGUACAGAUUGGUGUAUCCACAAUUUGUACAGAUUGGUGUAUCUACAAUUUGUACAGAUUGGUGUAUCCACAAUUUGUACAGAUCUGUGUAUCUACAAUUUGUACAGAUUGGUGUAUCCACAAUUUGUACAGAUUGGUGUAUCUACAAUUUGUACAGAUUGGUGUAUCUACAAUUUGUACAGAUCGGUGUAUCUACAAUUUGUACAUAGCACUGUAUCUACAAUUUGUACAGAUCGGUGUAUCUACAAUUUGUACAUAGCACUGUAUCUACAAUUUGUACAGAUUGGUGUAUCCACAAUUUGUACAGAUCGGUGUAUCCACAAUUUGUACAGAUCGGUGUAUCUACAAUUUGUACAGAUUGGUGUAUCUACAAUUUGUACAGAUCGGUGUAUCCACAAUUUGUACAGAUCGGUGUAUCUACAAUUUGUACAGAUUGGUGUAUCCACAAUUUGUACAGAUUGCUUUAUUAAAAGUUCUUACAAAUUGCUGUACAUGUCUCAUUUAGUUCAUACACAUUGCUGUUUCUACAGGGAUUCGUCAUUUCUUCAUGGAAUAAAGGCAUGGUUGAAUUUG